GUAACUUCCUCCUCCUCCAAUCCUGGCUUUUUGCCUUCGAAAACGCCGCCGCCGGGGUGCGAGUUGUGAAGCCCAGACAGCGUAGCAAAAAUGCGUCUUCGGUUUUACUCUCUCCUAAAAAUGACCUCUGCUUUUCAGACUUUGGAAAACAAAUCGGGUAUUGUCGGUGAAUUCUCGGGAGAUGGCAGAAUAGUUCGACCCGCGCCGGUUACCUAGCCCUCACAGCACUUUGAGGAAAAAAAUACCCCGCGAGGUCUACAAUGACGAGUGUGGACAUGUUUCUGUUAGUUGUGAUCCCACUGGUCCUCCCCUGUUCAAGCUUAGAAGGUGAGGGCGGUGUGAGAAAUGAAUGUUUAUGUGACGGAUCAUCCUGCAGCAGUGGGGACCGAUGCUUUGGCCAGGAGUGCUUCAGCUCUCUCGCGGUGAUAAACGGGACAUCGGUCGUUCGUAAAGGCUGCAUUUUGGGGGACGAAGACCGAUCCUUGAGCUGCAGAUCCACACCAACUCCUCAGCUGGUGGUGAAGUGCUGCUAUGGGCAUUUGUGUAAUAUGAACAUCUCCCUUAACUUCCCACUAAAAGAUGUACAACUGUCUGCUGGCAGACCAGUCCUCAGAGACCAAGAGUGUGUAUGCGAGGGCGGUGUGUGCGAGCAUGGCCAUCGCUGCACAGGCCAGCACUGUUUCUCCGCUCUGAAGAUGAUUGAUGGGGCAGCCGUCCAACAGAAGGGCUGCCUGAGGGACGACGAGGAGGGCAAAGCCACCUGUGCCAUGCCACCCUCAUCGGCCCAUGUUGUCAAGUGCUGCCAGGGCCAUCUGUGUAACAUGAACGUCACUGUGCAAGCCCCAGGGAAAGGUACAGUAGUCCAGAGUAAGUCCCUGAGCAAAGAGGAGCAUGAGUGCGUGUGCGAGGGUGGUUCAUGUGGAACACAGAAUCGCUGCUUGGGCUACCAGUGUUUCUCAUCUCUGACAGUCAGUGGUGGCAUCAUAAUGUCCCAAAAAGGCUGCUUUAAGGUCUUAGAACAGAGCACGAUGACCUGCAAGACCCCGCCUUCCACAGACCAGAUAGUUGACUGCUGCCAGGGACACCUGUGUAAUAUGAACAUAACUGUGGAGCUCCCUGUCAAAGCUGAUGAGCAAUCCAGCUACAGUGUGACCACACUAGCUGUUGUCAUCGUGGCACCCAUCAUUGUCCUCAUCAUCCUCUCUGCUGUCGCUAUCCUGGUGUUCAGACGGAUCCACCACAACCAAAUGGAGAGGCUAACCUCCCGAGAUGCUGAAUAUGGAACUAUUGAUGGCCUUAUAGCUUCUAAUGUGGGGGAGAGCACUCUAGCGGAUUUGCUAGAUCAUUCCUGCACUUCAGGAAGUGGCUCAGGACUCCCUUUCCUUGUUCAGAGAACUGUUGCACGACAAAUCACACUAAAUGAGUGUGUGGGUAGGUGUCCUGUCAAAAGCUGUAUUCCUAUUUGCAAUAGCACAGUUGGGGAAACAAAACAUCUGCCUCCUCUUUUCAUUUUAAGGUGACACGGUAACUGAGCAGACUAAACGUCCUCCAAAGAAAUGUUGAGAUGUAAAGGGUACUCCAUCACUCAGAUUAAGCAUAGGGGCAACUUUACAGCUUUGGCAGCACAGAUUGUGACGCGACAGACCUGCAGCCAUGUAUAUUGCGUGCUUAUAUACCGACCAGCAACAACAUUAAAAGCACUGAUUUGUGAGGUAAAUAACAUUGCUGCUCUCGUCAGAAAUUUGCUGGGAAAACACAGUUCCUGGCAUUCAUUUGGAUGUUACUUUGACACUUACCACCCACUUAAAUAUUGUUCUUGAGCACCCCCAACUGGGAAUCAACACUCACGAAAAGCAGCAUCCUCCUCCUGCAGCAUAGUCUGCCUCACCACAGUUUAAACUGCAGAAACCGACAGAGUCCAAAGUGCUACCCUGCUUUUAAACUUUCUAGAACCCAGUAUAAUCGAGCAUCUAUAAGAGCAGUCUUGUCAAGAAGGCCCACCCUGCAACCAACAGGAACCAGAGGUUAUAGUGCUAAUGUCCCAGUGCCCAACAACACAAGACACCCUGAAAGCCUCUGGUCUUAAUUUUGUUGUCGAUGGGUGUAUACCAGAUUACAGUACUUUAGAAUCUCAUGUUUGAUAUAUGAGAUUCAUCCAUAUAUUAAGGUAGAGCUGAUCAUUAAUAUAGCCAGUACAGUAAUUUACAACAUUUCAUGUAGUAUUUUACAGUCUGAUAAGUCUACAAAUAGAAGUUCUUGGUUCAUAUUUAACUUUUCAUGUCUUGAAAAAGGUGUAAGACUAAAAAGUCCUGUGUGAGCAUUCAAAACAUGAAAUUCAGGAACUUCCAAAUCUUCAGAUAAAUCAUCAAGAGAAUAAAAAUAUGAAUUUGAAAUUGGUUGCAAAACAGACGAGCAGUGUGAGCUUAUCGUGAAAGUGGGCCAGAGUGAAUGUGCAACAGUUCAGCAGUGAAGUCCCCAGAGCCACAAUUGCAAUUCAGUCUUGAGAUUGUUUUAUGAUAAGUGUCAGUGACAAUGCUGGCAGUCAGCAUAUUUUC